CAUCAUCUCAUACAAACCCCCACUUCAUACCAACCAAUCAAACAAACCACUUGAACACCCAAACUCACAAUUAUAAUGGGUUCAAUCUUCUCUGCAAUCGGCUCCGGCAUCAUCGCCAUCAUCUCUGCUAUCGCAGGAGUUCUUGAGACCAUCGUCGGUGCAAUCGUCAUGGUCAUCGUAACCAUCUUCGACGUCAUCCUCGACAUCCUCUGCUGCCGCUGCGGUACAGGAAGGAGACGCGCAGGCACCCGUGGAGGAGGAUUUGGUCGCCGUCGCCGACGGACGGCUGCGACCUACUAAAGUCUUCGCGUUUGAGGGUUCCAGCUAGACUCAUGAUUUCCUUUUAUCCUUCAUCCUCUUUUCAUUUCACUCCCGUCUUCCAUUCGC